CAAAGGCGAGCGUACCGUGCGCGAGCAGCGCCGGUUUCCGCGUUGGUGCGCUUAGACGAGUAGACGUAAAGGCGGCUCCGUUUUCAUUCAUCUGAGGGAAACAUCGUCAUGUCGUACGAACUGAAGCAUGUGUUUGCCAGCCUGCCACAGAUGGAGAGGGGUGUGGCCAAAGUGCUGGCAGGAGACCCUAAGGGGAACAACUUCCUAUACACCAAUGGCAAGAGCGUCAUCAUCAGGAACAUCAACAACCCUGCCAUCGCUGAUGUCUACACAGAGCACCCUCACCAGGUCAUUGUCGCGAAGUAUGCACCCAGUGGCUUUUACAUCGCUUCUGGAGACGUGUCAGGAAAGAUCCGUAUCUGGGACACAACCCAGAAAGAGCACCUGCUGAAGUAUGAGUACCAGCCUUUUGGAGGGAAGAUCAAGGACAUCGCAUGGACGGAGGACAGCAAGCGCAUUGCCGUGGUGGGCGAGGGCCGCGAGAAAUAUGGUGCUGUGUUCUUGUGGGACUCUGGUUCAUCAGUAGGGGAGAUUGUCGGCCACAGCAAGGUUGUUAACAGUGUGGACAUCAAGCAAACGCGGCCAUACCGUCUCAUUACCGGCAGCGACGACAACUGCACCGCCUUCUAUGAGGGACCUCCCUUCAAGUUCAAAUGCACCUUCAGUGAGCACGGACGCUUUGUGAACUGUGUGCGUUACUCACCAGACGGAAGCCGCUAUGUCUCUGCAGGAGCAGAUGGACAGAUUUUCAUGUACGAUGGCAAAACUGCAGAGAAGCUGGGUGCACUGGGUGGAGCUAAAGCCCACGAGGGCGGGAUAUAUGCUGUAAGCUGGAGUCCCGACAGCACCCAGCUGAUCUCUGCGUCAGGAGACAAGACAGUGAAAUUAUGGGACGUGGCGAGUGGCACGGCAGUGACGACUUUCAGUCUGGGUUCAGACGUGCUGGACCAGCAGCUGGGUUGUCUGUGGCAGAGGGAUCACCUGCUGAGCAUCUCGCUGUCCGGCUUCAUCAACUACCUGGACAAGAACAACCCCAGCAGACCCCUGCGCAUCAUCAAGGGCCACAGCAAAGCCAUCCAGUGUGUGACCGUACACAAAGAGGACGGGCGCUCCGUCAUCUAUUCUGGCGGCCAAGACGGACACAUCAAUUACUGGGAUGCCGAGACAGGAGAGAAUGAAGGUAUAACAGGCAAGGGUCACUCCAACAUGGUGGCCAAGAUGGCUGUGGACGAGUCCCACCGCUUGGUCACCUGCAGCAUGGACGACUCCGUCCGCUAUACUGACCUGAGCAAGAAGGAGUACAGUGCAUCUGAUCUGGUGAAAAUGGAUGUACAACCAAAGGCCGUGUCAGUUGGACCAGGAGGGCUGGCCGUAGCCGUGUGUAUUGGACAGGUGGUGCUGCUGAGAGACAAGCGAAAAGUCUUCACUCUGGAGAACCUGGGUUACGAGCCGGAGGCGGUAUCUGUGCACGCUGGGGGUGUAACAGUGGCCGUGGGCGGAGCUGACGGAAAGGUGCGUCUGUACUCGAUCCAAGGGAACACGCUGAAGGAUGAUGGGAAGGUUUUGGAGGCGAAGGGACCCGUUACAGACAUGGCCUUUUCCAAGGAUGGUGCCUUCCUCGCUGUUUCUGAUGAGAAGAAGGUCGUCACCAUCUUCACUGUUGCCGAUGGUUACGCGGUUAAGAAUGACUUCUACGGGCAUCAUGCAAAGAUUGUGUGCUUGGCCUGGUCGCCCGAUAACAGCCACUUUGCCUCUGGAGGGAUGGACAUGUUGGUCUUUGUGUGGAACGUCAACGACCCUGAAAAAAGGAUCAAAAUUCCAGAUGCGCACCGGUUGCAUCACGUCAGUGGCUUGGCUUGGCUCGACAAACACACUCUCGUCACGACAUCUCACGACUCGUGCGUGAAGCAGUGGGCAUUAAAAAUCUAAGCACACCUGCACGCGUACACACUCCUGGGAUCACAGGGAUGGGGAACUACUGUAAAGAAUCUCUCUCUUUCCCUCUCUUCUGUCUCUUGGUUUGCCUCAGUAAUUGCUGGCUUGUCUCAGUUUGGCGACUGAGGUAGGAGCCCUGGGGAGGUUCAGAGGCUCCGGCCCGUGCGUUUCACCCUUACCUUUAGUUGGUUAACCAUCUGCUCACACACAAAUCACACAUAUGUAUUUGCCAUAAGACAUUCCAAAGGCACAAGCCUGAUCUCCAGCCAGUGUGCACCUCCUGCUCCAUUUGUGGCUGUAGCGGUGUGUGUACACGCUGCUGACCUCAGCUCAAUCAAACGUGGUGCAGGAAUGCAGAGGGCAGCCAUUUUAGAAUCCUGAGGUAUGCAUGUACCCACCGAUUUUCAGACCGUGGGCAGUAGAACCCUCUCAGGGGGCAUUACUGGGUGGAGAUUUGGCUUCAGACCGUGGGCAGUAAAACCUUCUCGGGGGGGGGGGGG